UUUGAAAUGAAUUAAAAAAAAAGACAAUUGUCAGUAUAGAUUGUGAUAAAUUAUCGAAAAAUUGAUCGAACGUUCUCAUUGGAUAUCGGCUUUAGAAUACACAGAGUUCGUCUCACUCCGACUUUAGCAAUAAAACGUUUUCAUUAGGAAAAAAUGUCCGGCUUUGAUGAAAACCCAUUUGGUGAACCAACAACAGAUAAUCCUUUUGCUGAUCCAUCUGUUCAACAAGUUGCUCGAAAUGCAACAGCACAAAUUCGAGUCGAAGAUUACAGGCCAUUUGACAAUAAUCAAAGUGCAGAUCCUAGAACGUAUAAUCAACCAAACAACGAACCUGCCAUAAUGCAACCUACACAAGAUCCACCCAUGUAUACCAGAAGUGGACAACAGGCUCAAGUUAGACCUGUUUUAGAUACAGCUGAAUUACAAAGAAAACAAGAAGAAUUAGAGAGAAAAGAAGAAGAAUUGGUCCGUCGAGAAGAAGAAAUGCGUCAAAGCGUUUAUAACGUUAGACGCAAUAAUUGGCCACCAUUGCCUGAACAAUGUUGUUUCCAACCUUGUUUUUAUCAGGAUAUACAAGUUGACAUCCCUAUGGAGUUCCAAAAAAUCGUUAGGAACUUAUAUUAUAUGUGGAUUUUUCACGGAAUUCUGCUAAUAGUGAAUGUAAUAGGUGGAAUAAUUGUAACCGACCCUACAAUAAUAGGUUUAGGGAUCUUGUAUGUAAUCUUAUUUACCCCUUUUUCGUACUUAUGCUGGUUUAGGCCCGCGUAUAAAGCGUUCCGUUCCGACUCCUCUUUCAAUUUUAUGGUUUUCUUUUUCGUCUUUUUCUUUCAAUUUAUGGUUACCGUCAUUCAAGCAAUUGGAAUUCCAGAUUCGGGAACUUUGGGAUUUAUCGUUGCUAUGAAACAAUUCGGUAAUGGUGGAGCCUCUGGAAUUGUUAUUGGUAUAAUUGGGUUGUUAAUAGCAAUAGGGUUCUUAUGUGCGGCUUUGGCUGAUUUCUUUUUAAUAACCAAGAUUCAUCGUAUGUAUCGCAGUACCGGGGCCAGUUUCGCUAAAGCCCAACAGGAAUUUACCACCGAAUUCUUUAGGAAUCAACACGUUAGAAACGCUGCUUCGAAUAUGGCAGCGGCCGCCGUUCAAUCGCAAUUUUCCAACAACCAAAACACUAACCGUUACUAAUCGACUUAUCACAUCCACAGUAUUUUUCAUUUUUUAUUAUUUCUUUAAAUAGUUCUGUUUUUGAGACCACUAUUAUGCACACGACUUUUAAAACGUAAUCAGAGAAGUUAUUUCAAAAAGUUUUAAAUUAUUUUAACACAUAUGUAUGUGUAUAUAGAAGCGUACCAAAACAAAUAAAUAUAUUGAACCCAGACAAGAAAAAAAACAGUGAGUAUUUGAGAUUUGUUGACGACUUAAGUCGGAUUAAUUUAUUUUAACGCAGGGCUGUGGUUUUUUUAACUUGUCGGUGAGAAACGAAACCCCACAUAAUUAAAAAAAAACGUUUUCCCACUUGUAUAUACAUAUGUGUAUGUGUAUAUAUUAUUUUUUGUUUUUGGGUUUAUUUAAUUAUUAACCAAUUUUACGUUGUGCGCGGGUUCAUAUUUAAGAUAUGUCCGUUUAUCAAAGACUAAUUAUAUUUUUUAAUGCAAAAUUUGUUUCUCAACGGCCUCUAAAAAGUGGCGAAACAAAUUUUUGUGUAUGUAUGUAAUUCUUGAAGUAUAUAAAAAAAUAUAGUUA